UGAGCUCAAGUUCGAUAAAAAUUUUACGAAAGAAGCUCAACAUUUUCCUAAAACUCGACCUGAUCCGGCUUGGUCGUAUCGCUUCUGGUAUUAUAUGCAUGGGACAAACGAGAGUGAGACCAACAUAACAUGCUUCCCCUCACUCGCGACCAACUCGGCCUGAACCAGCAUGUACUAUCCAUACUAUCCAAAUCCAAUCACCUCAACCAUCUCAAGCAGCUCCAAUCUUUUCUCAUCACUCUCGGCCAUGGCCAAACCCAGUUCUUCGCGUUCAAGCUCGUUCGCUUCUGCACUCUCGCCCUCUCCAAUCUCCGCUACGCUCGCUUCCUCUUCGAUCACCUCUCCUCCCCCAAUGUCUACCUUUACACAGCCAUGAUCACCGCGUACGCAUCUGAUUCCGAUCACGAGUCUUCUUUCCUGUUGUAUCGCGACAUGGUUCGAGAAAGACGGGUUGUUCCCAACCAGUUUGUAUAUCCUUACGUUCUGAAAUCAUGCCCCGAAGUCGUGAAGUCUCUUGGGACCGAACUGGUGCAUACCCAGAUCGUAAAAUCGGGUUUCGAGAAAUACCCAGUUGUGCAAACGGCUCUUUUGGAUUCCUACGCGAGGUUUUGCUCCGAUCUUGGGACCGCACACCGGGUGUUUGACGACAUGUCUGGCAGGAAUGUCGUGUCAUGGACGGCUAUGGUUUCUGGGUAUGCGAGGCUGGGGGAGAUGGGCCGUGCGAUGGUGAUGUUUGAGGAGAUGCCGGAGAAGGAGAGGGACGUUCCGUCUUGGAAUGCUGUUAUUGCUGGGUGCACGCAAAACGGGUUGUUUUCGGAGGCAAUGAGUCUGUUUAGGAGAAUGGCCACUGUUGGAGUGGAAGGAGAAGGUUGUGGGAACAGACCGAACCAUGUUACUGUUGUUUGUGGACUAUCGGCGUGUGGAAACACUGGGAUGCUCCAGCAUGGUAGAUGCAUCCAUGGUUACAUUUACAGGAAUCGCCUCGAUUGUGAUUUGUUCUUGUUAAAUUCACUAGUGGAUAUGUAUGGGAAGUGUGGUUGCUUAAAAGAAGCAAGACGGGUUUUUGACCAGACAUCGAAGAGAAGUGUGACAACAUGGAAUUCCAUGAUCAAUUGCUUUGCCUUACAUGGCCAGAGUGGGGAAGCAAUCCGUGUUUUCGAGGAGAUGAUCAAAUGUGUGAUUGACGUCAAACCGGAUCGAGUUACUUUUGUUGGUUUGUUGAAUGCUUGUACCCAUGGAGGAUUGGUGGAACAAGGCCGGUAUUAUUACGAUUUAAUGACCAGGGAUUACGCAAUUGAGCCUCAGAUUGAACACUAUGGUUGCCUAAUAGACCUUCUUGGUCGAGCAGGGCGAUUUGAAGAAGCCAUGGAAGUCGUGAGAAGGAUGAGGAUGCUACCUGACGUGGUGGUUUGGGGCUCUUUGCUCAAUGGCUGUAAGAUUCAUGGUCGAAUAGAUUUGGCGGAAUUCGCUGUCAGAAAAUUAAUCGAGAUUGAUCCAAAUAAUGGUAGUUAUGGUGUGAUGUUGGCAAAUGUAUAUGUGGAGUCAGGGAAGUGGGAUGAGGUCCGGAAGUUAAGGAAGACGUUGAAGGCGCAGAAUGCUCACAAGACACCUGGUUGCAGUUGGAUUGAGGUUGAUAACCAAGUUCACCAGUUUUAUUCUGCGGAUACGACACAUCCCAGAACCGAGGAGAUAUACACAGUUUUGGAUUGCCUGGUUGGUUUUUCUUAGUUCUACAGUUGCUAGGAUUAUCUCCACUACCAUCCAAACUGCCAUUUGAGUGUACCUUAACAACUGCUCGAGGUUGCUCGCAAUUUGAUUUGGAACGUCAAACACCACCUGCAGUAAAAAUGCUAACUCAUCUGAGCUACAAUUUGAGUAUUUAAUUGAUCGUAGGAUCGAAAUUUUUUUGUUAGGCUUAUCUGGUAGUUGUGGUAGUGGAGCCAAGAUAUGAAUGCCCAAGGUUCUCUUUCAUUUCAUUUGUUUAGAAGAGAAGAGCUGUGUCAAAGGGAAAAGAGGGCAAGUGUUAUUGGUUGCAGAAAAUGAGUUCUGACUUCUGAGGAUGGUGGUUAUCUUCUCUCACUCUACGGCCCGUUUGUUUGACUGAACUAACUGUGAAGACUGAAGAUGUAUAUAUAUCUCAUAGGGUAUGUCAGUGAUGAGAUUUAUGGUGCCACAUCCGCAUUGUAUUGCAUAUUUUGUACGAUUUCAUGUGGCAGAUAUUUAAUCCUCAUCACUGGAAUUUCGACAAAAAACAUAUAGUUAUUGUCCCUUUGGAUUUAUAGUCAAGUACAGACCAAUACUAGAAUAAGGAAACACAAACGAGCCUUAAGGGUGCAUCAGCUCCCUCUUCCUUCACUUUCGGUGAACUCCAGCCUUUCAGGUGUCCUCCUUCUCCCCUCCAUCCUCCACAUUAUGCAGAUGCCCCAAAGGGCCCAAACUGCAAGGCCUAUGGUAGUUUAUUUUCUCUUCAGACUAGUUUUGUUUGGCAGUUGAGAGAGCAUUUUUCUGAUUUAACCUCAUUUUUUUGGGAAUAAAUUGAGACGAUGACACUACACCGGCCUGCUAUUUAUUCGUUACCCGUAUCCUAUUUAUGUAGCAUUGUUUUCUCAUUGAGGUGAAAUUCAUGAACUUAUUCAUUUCCA